GUACGAACACUAAUUGUUCCGGGCAUCCGGCGACGAAACCAACGACGAAAAGGUAGUCACUCUCGACCAGAGACUGUAUCCGAGUCACACGGUCACGACAGUUCGUAACCCCCCAGCAUACAGCACACAACCUCCGUGAUGCCGGUACCGUGGGAUGGUACGGCCUCCCGCCACAGUCACGUGCGGGCGGAGUCACCGACGCGGGGUCGUCACCUCGUGGCGACGAAAGCACAACCCCGGGGGCGUUUGCUUUGGAUCGAACGCCCCUUACUCGCACUACCAUCUCUCGAAAACCGACCGGACGCUUGGACCUGUGCGGCGUGUCACGCCUUUCUCGGAGGACCCGUCCGUGCACUCCAACACCGCUGGUCGCGGAGUCCCACGCCGUCGUCCGCGUCUUCUACACUGGACGAUGACGACGACGACGACCAUUCCGAAGAAUACCGGACCGUUCCGUGUCGACGAAAUUGUGGAUUCGUGUACUGCUCCGCAGACUGCGAACGAGAUGUCUGGGCGGCUCAUCAUCGGUAUCUCUGUACCGGACACUGCGCACCGGAUCAUCCCCUGGUGCAAUUCAAAACCUUGGCGGUUCAAACCAACGAAAUUCUACUCUUGGUGGCCACCUGGUGGGUCGCACAGCAUCUGGACGUCACGCGCACUCGGACACUACCCGACACGACGGAAUCCGUACCCGUACAAUCCCGUACUACUACUACUACUACCACCAAUCCUACCGCAUCGUCGCGCUACCUCGACUUUUGCAUGACACCCUGGUGGGACGUGAUUUCCGCGUCGGAGCAGCCCGGGAACUUUACCAAUGACGCCGUCACCCUCCGUCGCCUUUGCGAUGACGCGGCCGGGUGUUUGAACGCGGCCUUGGCCGAGACGCCCAUCCCGCCACUGACGGCACUCGACGUGGCCCGACGAAUCGGCGCCUGCGAACAAAACGCCAUGGGCAUUCGCCAACGUCACGUCCUCGCGCGGGAUAUCUUUCGUGACCGAGUCCGUCGAGACUGUCACGACGAUAUUGUACAGUGUCUGGUACAAGCCGGGUUCAUUGGAAACGACUCAAACAGUGAUGACGACACUGAUGAUGACCAUGACGACCACGACAGUGUAGAAAAGGUCCACGACACCACCGGAUCCCACUCGUCGAUACCGUCGGACGAUGGCGAGUGGGAUUAUUCAGUCGACGAAAUUGCCACCUUUUUGGCGGGACUCUUUCUCGACGAAGACGGAGCGGUCCGUGACCAGGCCGACCAAUCCUUGGAAGAGCGGGAUACGACCGGAGACGACCUGGAUUACAUAUUCCCACCACUGGACGGGACAGCCAUGUACGCGACAACCUGCAAAAUGAACCAUUCCUGUGACCCGAACGUUAUUGUUCUCUACAAACGCACCGGUUGGGGAGCCCUGCAUCCGCUGGUCGCCUACUGUGUGGCCCUCCGGGACAUUCAAGCCGGAGAGGAAUUGACCAUUUCGUACAUUGACGCCAACGUACCGUGGGCGGAACGACAAGAGGCAUUGGAAAACUACGGCUUUGUCUGUGAAUGUCCCAAAUGUCAGUGUGAAAAGGCGGGCGAAACGCAUCAUCCUUCCACAGAAACCAAUAAAGUAGACCCGGAUGAGCUGUUCGGGACCUCGGAUGAUGACGAAGAUGACGAAAAAGAUGCGGAUGAGGAAUACAAUCAACCAAGCAAUGGAGAGGUUGCCCUCCAACGACGCUUGGAGCGUUUAGAUUCAGCCGCCAACCAUUCCACGUUUGGUUCUAUUCCCCUUUCAAUCUCGGCCUUGGUAUCCGCCUUUGUGAUACAAACGGCUCGUUCCAUCUCGUUGCCGGACGAUACACCCUUGCCAAACCUGUUACGCCAAUGUGUCGUAGCCUUGGGCGACCGCGAUUACUGCAUGUGCCGUAUCGUGGGAACUGAAUUGGAAGACUGUUUGUUUUCCUUACUCCAAACAAACUCGGCGUGGCCAAACACGAACUACCGCGAGGCGUACUGGUGCGCCGUCCUGGCAGCUACAGUUGGCUUGACCCAUGUUUGUUACUUUCUGCACGCUAUGCGCGUACUCGAUAAAGGCAUGGUCCUGGGAUUGUCUCGCAAGGACGAUCGAUUAGCCGAAUUUUUUGGUUACGUGGAAACGCACGCGGCAGAAAUGGCCUCGGCACCGUACCCUCCGGCGUUGGAGUGCCGAGUGCCGGACCUAUCGGCUAUCAGUAUUGACGGCUUUGUUGCACACGAAAGGACUCUCUAA